UGGCCGCUCCGGCGAUAACAGGAUUGUCGUAUCCCCACUAGCUCCUGACCCAUAUUCCCGAGGAAAACGUUGUUUGCAUCGCUCAAGAAGAAUUAAGGGGUGCUCUUUUCUGUACAGCCGGUUUCCGCUGCGCGCAAUCACAGCUCCAGGACCAGCGGUGGAGUCGGUGCGCUCUGGCAGAAAGCAUCCAGCCUCCUCCUCUCUGGGCUCAGACAGCACUCACUGCUGCUCCUCAUGUCUCCAAGCCUCAGCUACCAGCCGUCAUCAGCAGAAUGAAGCCGCUAUAAUCCUGCCUGACCUCUUCUUUUUAUUGUUUCACUCUUUCCUUACUUCACACCGAGGGCAGAAAGAAGGAAACCCACACGAGAGGCGCUCUCCAUCUGUAAGUUUUCGUGUGUGUGUCGCACUGGAGGGGUGGAAGAGAUGGCAGCCCCGGUGAAAGCAGCGUUGGGUCUCCUGGUUCUCACCGCGGCAACUGCCUUGUGUGCGGAGGUGGAGGAGCGGCUGGUGAGUCACCUGUUGUCACCGGAGCGCUACAACAAGCUGAUCCGACCAGCUGUCAACAACAGCCAGCAGGUCACCAUUUACAUCCAGGUGUCUUUGGCCCAGCUGAUCAACGUGAAUGAGAGGGAGCAGAUCAUGACCACCAACUGUUGGCUCAGUCAGGUUUGGAAUGACUACAGAUUAAUGUGGAACCCUGAAGAGUACGAAGGAAUCAAGAAAAUCCGGCUGCCGUCACAACACAUCUGGCUGCCGGACAUCGUCCUCUACAACAAUGCCGAUGGGACCUAUGAAGUUUCCUUCUACUCCAAUGCUGUGGUCUCCAACAAUGGUGAGGUGGCCUGGCUCCCACCAGCUAUCUACAAGUCAGCUUGCAAAAUUGAAGUCCGAGAUUUCCCCUUUGACCAGCAGAACUGCACCCUCAAGUUUCGCUCCUGGACCUACGACCACACUGAGAUCGAUCUCAUCCUCCUCAGUGAUUACGCCUCACGUGACGACUUCAAACCCAGCGGGGAGUGGGAUAUUGUCUCACUGCCUGGUCGUAAGAAUGAAGACCCUAAUGACAUCAGAUACCUGGAUAUCACCUAUGACUUUAUUAUCAAGAGAAAACCUCUGUUUUACACCAUCAACCUGAUCAUUCCCUGCAUCCUGAUCACGUCGCUGGCCAUUCUGGUGUUCUACCUCCCGUCAGACUGUGGCGAGAAGAUGACUCUCUGUAUCUCUGUCCUCUUGGCCCUGACUGUGUUUUUACUCCUUAUCUCAAAGAUUGUGCCACCAACGUCUUUAGCAGUGCCUCUGAUUGGAAAGUACCUGAUGUUUACAAUGGUGCUGGUCACCUUCUCCAUUGUCACCAGCGUUUGCGUGCUCAACGUGCACCAUCGGUCCCCCAGUACGCACACCAUGCCUCCUUGGGUCAAGCGUGUCUUCCUGUACCGACUUCCCUCUUAUCUCUUCAUGAGGAGACCCGGUAGCUCCAACAUCCGCGAGAAGUUUCGGAAAAAACACCAGCAGCGAUCGUACUCUGACCACAAGCUGCAUGGAGCCGAUGGAGGGACUGGAAGUCCUGCAGGCAUGGCAGAUUCCUCCUCGUCCUUCUUUGUGAAUGAGGAGUCGGCCAAACGCUACGGCUGGAAGAUCAGCGACUUGUCAGAGAACACAGAGUUCAGGAAGAGGAUGACGCUCAAGUGCAACAUUGCCGUGGAGGAUGCAGUGGAUGGAGUGCGUUACAUCGCGGAGAAGAUGAAGAGCGAGGAUGAUGAUGAAGGGAUCAUUGAAGACUGGAAGUACGUGGCCAUGGUGAUUGACCGUCUCUUCCUGUGGAUCUUUGUGUUCGUGUGUGUGGUCGGGACGCUGGGCCUCUUCAUGCAGCCUCUCUUCCAGAGUUACAACACUCCCAUUAUUGAUGACAUGGACCGUAACUGAUGCCUGUGAUGUCAUCAUGAACUUUGAGUGCCCCCCAAAAACAGAGCUCUGAUGACAUUUUAACACACAAACUCACACGUCCGCCUCGCACCACACGCUCACUGGGAGAUUAUAAUGAUGCACUUUAGCCUUCUUCCACCAACUGCUCCCGUCCCUACCUCCACCUCUUGUCCCUGCCAUCCUCCAUGUGUCCUGCCAUCCUCUGCUCCACUCAUCUGUCAUCAGCUGAGAUGUAAUUAUUUCAGUUCAAUAACAGAUAACUGGUUUAUAAAAACUUGGGUCACAUGUUUAUAGCGUGGCCAUCAUCUAGUAGACAGGAAUGAUGGAGGUCGUACUGUUACUGGUGAGCUGGGAGCGUGGAUGUUAUAUGGUGUGUUUGCCAAACUUGGUUACCAGGACGCCCCCAAUACCCUGGGUUAGCCAAACUUAUUUGGAUGAGAAGACAAAGGGUUAGGGUUAGUGUUAGAACAGUACAUUUAUGACCUAAAAUGUCUGUUGUAGCAUCAGUUACAGUUUAGAGAUCGACUUCCUGGUUCAACAUUGACCUGCCUUACUUAUUUUAGUUGUAUGUGCACACAGUGAAUACUUUGGUUUGUUAAGUGAAACAAUGGCCAAAACUACAAAAACAAGACCCAAUUUAAAGUAAACCAGAAUUAUCCUUUGAUUUAAAACAUGAACUAAAACCCACUUUCAGCCAUUAAGCUCUUUCAUGGGGAUCAAUACAGAUCUGCAGUCUCUAAUGACUGAAAUGUAACAGUGUUUUAAAAAGAAAACCUUAAGCUGAAAUGGUUAAAUCAUAGACUGUACGUAAAGAUGGACAACAUGUCAGCUCCCCAAAAGUGAAGCCAAAAUAUCUCAAUCGCCCCCUGGUCG